AUGGUAUACAAGAACUUUAGGGUGACCUCAUGCUAUUUGGCAGAUAGAUAUUUAACUGAUUGGAGGGCUGAGCAAAAUAUGUUAGUUACUGCAUAUAGAUCAGAGGAGAAGGCGCUCGAAAAAAUUAGAGGGAGUGUGGUGGAGCAUUACAAAUUACUGUGGGAUUAUUGUGAGGAGUUAAAGAGGACAAAUAUUGGGACCACUGCAUUGGUUGAGGGGCACGUUGGAGAAUUUCGACGGUUGUAUAUUUGCAUUGGGGCAUUGAGAGAUGGUUUUAUUCGAGGUUGCAUAAGGGUGAUUGGGGUAGAUGGCUGCUUUUUGAAGACAGAGCUUGGUGGUCAAUUGUUGACAGCAGUUGGUGUUGAUGCGAAUAAUGGUAUGUAUCUGGUGGUAUAUGCAGUUGUGGAGGUUGAAAAUGGGGAUAAUUGGAAAUGGUUUUUGGAGUUAUUGAAGGAUGAUUUGCACAUACAUAGCAGUCAACAUUGGAUAUUCAUUUCAGAUCAGCAAAAGGGAUUGACAAAUGCAAUUGGGACAUUGUUUGAGAAUUUGGAGCAUAGGAUGUGUGUCAGACAUCUAUACAACAAUUUCAGCUUCUGUCACAAGGGUUUAGCAUUGAAGAACUGUUUGUGGGAUGUAGCCAGGGCCACUACUAUAUCACAGUGGCGUCAGCACGUGCAACGGAUGAUGGACUUGGACCCGGCUGCUUAUGGAUGGCUUGAAGAAAAACCAGCUUCCCAAUGGAGUAAAUCCCACUUUAGAGAGUGGAAUCAGUGUGACAUGCUUCUCAACAACUUAUGUGAAUCAUUUAAUAGCACAAUUGUGGCUGUAAAAGAGAAGCCGAUCUUAACCAUGUUGGAGGAUAUUAGGGUAUAUUUGAUGAGGAGAAUUGUGUCCCGUAGAGAGUCUUGUUAUAGGUGGACAACAGCAGUUGGACCUAGAAUGCAGAAGAUUUUGGAUAAAAAUGGUAAACUUGCAAGGUUUCAGUGGGCUGAGUACGCAGGUAAUGAAAAGUUCCAAGUUCGCCACAAUGUCGGGAUUGUGCUACAUGCUUUAGAUUUAAGGGCACGAACUUGUACAUGCCGUGGUUGGCAAUUAUCAGGAAUUGCAUGUAGCCAUGUCAUUGCCUCAAUUAUAUCUAGAGGCCUGAACGUGUUGGAGUUCGUGGAUGACAUCUAUAAGAAGGAUGCAUACAUGAGAACAUAUACGCCAUCAAUUUCUCCCAUCACAGGUCCGGACGCAUGGCCUACCCCAGGUUUGAACCCUCUCACUCCACCAGUAUACACGAAGAGGCCUCGGAGGCCAAAGAAAAAUAGAAUAAACGAGCCGAAUGAGGUGGCUUCUUCAAUGCACAAAUUGUCUGCAUGUAGUGGAUAUAAUAUAGCACUUUGGGAACCUUUUUUGAUGUUUAUGUACUGGAUAUUUUUGUUUCAGUCUUCGAUUGAUUGGUGGAUGAAUUGUGUCUCAGAUUCUCAGGGACUUUUGAGUUGGUGUGUAUCAAUAGGUGGUAUAUGGAAGAAAACAUGGAAUUCUCUCGCCAAAUUUUUUCUAAAAGUCAGGGACGUUAUUCGCAAAUAUUUCUAA